CGUACUUUUUCAAACCAGAAAUUGUCACAACUCGAGGGAAUGGUCGCUACAACUGACACAAACGGCAGCAUUAAAUGCAUAGUUUGCCAAAAUAACUUUGCAAACGAAGCGCAGUUCCUCGAACAUCUGAAGGAGAAUCCGAAGUGCGAAAGGUUGACUUGUGACGUGUGUCGAAAACAGUUUACUCGGAUCUCCCAUUUGAAUAUACACAAGUUAAUACAUUCGAACGAAAAAAAAUUCAAAUGCGAGGAGUGUGAUUAUUCUACGGUAGAUAGAGCAAAUUUUAGAAGACACCAAAAUAAUCACUCAAAAAAAGGACUUUAUAAAUGUAGCUAUUGCGAUUAUUCGACUGCAUGGAAAAGCAAUUUAGACAGACAUAUUUUGGUAAAACAUUCGAAAAAAUCGAAUAUCCUCGAAAAAAUUUUGCCGAGAUAUCUAAAUUUGGAAAAAUAUCGAUGCAACAUUUGCUCGAAACCUUUCGCAUUUCUAUCUGAUUUAAAACGUCACGAGAGAAAUCAUACGGGGAAAAAACCGUUUCACUGUGAUUAUUGUUUUCGAAGGUUUACACGACAAGAUAAAUUAAACGAACACAAGGGAAUAAUUCAUUCGACAGUAGAAAAACAAUUUCCGUCUCAGCAUGUUACAGGAGAAGGUACGUCAAAAUCUUUUAAAAUCUCGGAACAGAGUGAAAUGCACUCUUCUGCCGAAAUCUCAGCAACGACUUCCAUUCGAGAGGAACAUCUUGAAACAAACGAGAAAGAUAAAAGUUUGCAAUUUUCUGAAAAAUUAUGGCAAUGUCAUCAAUGUCGCUUUACUACAAACUCCGAGAAAGAAUGGUUCGUACAUAAACAGACACACGUCAAUGCCCCAUGCACGUCAAAGGUAUUUAAUUGUCGUAUUCUGUUUAAAAGUUUUAGUACUUUGUAAAUAAACAUUCAGUUUAAGUUAGGAAAAGACACCAGAACA